UCAAAUCAUGGCUGCACUGAAAAUACUUGUUUGUGGUGAGGUGAACGGUAGGAUCAAUCAGAUGUAUAACAGAGUUAAGAAUAUCUUAAAGAAAAAUCCUGACUUUGAGAUGGUGCUGUGUGUUGGCAGUUUUUUUGGUAGUAAUGAAGAAAAUGCCAAGGAAUGGGAGACGUAUGUCAAUGGUGAUGUAACUGCACCCAUUGUAACAUACAUCCUUGGACCUAAUGACCCAGAAGAAAUGAAAUACUUUGACUCAUCUUUCUUAGAAGAUGGAAAAGAACUCUGUGAAAAUAUUACUUAUUUAGGAAGGAAAGGAAUACUGAAGACACCUUCGGGGUUAGAAAUAGCGUAUCUUAGUGGAGCUGACAAAACUCAAGGCCUAAAGGAUGGUAGUGCAUUUUCUGAAGAAGAUGUUGAGAGUCUUAUCAGUAAAACUAAAGAUGACAAGUUUGUUGGUGUUGAUAUCUUACUWACAUCAUGUUGGCCUCAAGAUGUCACACAAUACACCACUAAACCAGCAGAUGUUGAAACUAUUCCUGAAGGCUCUAGACUAAUUUCUAAACUUGCUUACAAACUACGACCAAGAUAUCACUUUUGUAGCAUGGAAAAUAUACAUUAUGAGAGAUCACCUUACAGAAAUCAUCAAGUUUUACGUGAGGCAUCACGACAUGUCUCUCGUUUUAUCUCCCUUUCAUGUGUUGGMAAUAAGCAAAAGAGAAAGUAUAUGUAUGCCUUCAAUAUUCUACCAAUGUGUAAUAUGGACAAAGAUAAGCUCAUAGAGCAGCCRCAAGAUGUCACAGAGCUUCCUUACAACAAAGUGUUGCUGAGUGCAGCAACAGACAGUAAACAGUCUUCAGAUAAAGGUGGCUUUUUCUUUGAUAUGGCUCACYCUGAGGGAAGAGGGCAAAAGCGCAAAGGACAUCAAGAUGGUCCAAAGCAACAYAAACAAGCAAAAGGACCUCCCCCAUUAAAAGGAGACUGCUGGUUUUGUCUUGGUAGUCCUAAAGUAGAGAGGCAUCUUGUUGUUAGUGUUGGGAACUUGACCUAUCUUGCUUUGGCCAAAGGUGGACUUGUAGAUAAUCAUGUUCUUGUUUGUCCCAUUGCACAYUUUGAGUCAACUGUUAAACUCACAGAGGAGACCCUUAUGGAAAUUGAAAAAUAUAAGCAGGCAUUAAAAAGAUUAUUUAAAGACAAUAACCAAUCCUGUGUAAUGUUUGAAAGAAACUUCUACACGCAGCACUUACAAUUACAGGUUGUCCCAGUGCCAGAAACGGAUGAUGAAUCUCUAAAGAAAGUAUUUCGAGAGGAAGCAGAUAUGAGAGGAAUGGAAAUGAGAGAUGUACCUGCUGGGGUAGCUCUGACAGAGGUGGUUCCUGUUGGUGCCCCAUAUUUUGUUGUUGAGUUCAACAAUGGUGAGAGACUGCUUCACAGAGUCAAAGGCAAAAUGGACUUACAGUUUGGAAGGGAGGUGCUGGCCUGUGAUGCUAUUCUCAACAUGCCACACAGAGCAGACUGGAAAGAAUGCAAAGUGUCUCAGGAACAUGAAAAACAAAUGACAAGUGCCUUCAGGAAAAGCUUUCAGCUUUAUGACUUUAAUCUGUAGACUUGAACAUGUCUGACUGGAAGAUUAGCAUAGGAUGAAAUGAAUGGGAAAUCAUUGCAACCAGUGAUGAACGUAUGACAUUCAUGAGAACCAAUCCAUGAAAAUGCUUAUAUUGGUGUGUAAACAAUCCACCAGAGGAUAGUUUCCUGGAGUGCAGGAUUCCAGCAAUGAAUUACAUGUAUCACUGUGCAUAGGACCAAAAAAGUUCACACUUCAAUGAACAUAUAUUUUUYAAAUUUAUUUUGUAUUAUUUUUGUACAGUCUUUAUUGUUACCCAUAGCUACUACAAUCAACAUUAAUUGUACCUUAACCCUGAUGCAUUCACAACAUUAGUAAUAUUAAUGGCUGUAUAAAUUUGUAUACUUAGAAAUACUCAGUGACUGGCACUAUA